UACAUAAUGGCGGACAAUGUAUUGUGUUCAUAUUGUGUUUUAGCUAUUUUGGUUCUGUAGGCUAUUCUUCAAUUUAAUACGAUAUCUAAGCAAGCGCAGUUAUUAUAAUAAUCUGUUUUUCAACUAUUUAAAUUAACCUACAUUUGAGCCCGUUUUCUAUAGCCCCAAAAAUAUGGUGGAUAUUCUAUGUUUGACAGUCGAUGCCGAAGCAUGGCAAGAUUGAAUUGUUAAAGAUUUUGUUGUUGACGUGUAUUGUAAUAAUUUCUUAUUUCGCAAUAUUUAUAGUGUUAGUUUAUAAAAAAAUGAUAAUAAUGGGGACACAUAUUGAAUACAAGAAAAAUUAUAACUGACUGAAGAGGUUUAUAAAAGAAAAUUUCCUUUAUUGGAAAAUGCUGUUCUAUGGGGUCAAGUUUCAAUAAUGCAGUACAGGAUUGAUCUGAAUUUGAGAACAAUAUGAAUUAAGAGAUGAUCUUGACAUAAAAAGUUCUAAUGAAAGAUAAUGAUCUAUUUAUCAACAAUAUUCAGCAAGUGUUGUGCACAAAUAGGUACUUAUGACUUGUAAGCAAACAAGAAACAUAAAAUAAUUAAAUCGAAUAGAUUAUUGAUGAAUUAUGAUUUGCUCUAACUAACUGCCUUACCAGAAAUAUACAGUAACCAGAAGAACAGGGUUGAUAAAUAAAGGAUUACAGCUUUGAUGAAAAAAAUUGAAUUGAUUCAAAUCCAACCAUGGGUCCCAAAAAGAAGAGCAAAGCCAAUAAACUGGCUAGGAUGUCAGAUGAGGAACGGGCACGAUAUUUGCAACAUCGAGCCGAUAUCGAAGAAGAAGCACGACGCAGAAAGCAGCAACUCAUUGCGAUGUUUAUGAGAAAUAAACUAAAAAGAGAAGAAGCAUUCGCUCGACUGAAUCUGGCCAAGAUUAACGAAUAUUGGCGAAAAAUCUUACGAGAUGUUAAGUGCAGACAAAUGAAAGAAGAACUUACGGAUGAUUGGAAAAAUUUUGAACGCAUCAUGGAAUGCAAACGACUCGCCAUCGAUGGUCAUAUAUUAGAAUUGGAAGAAGCAGAAGCUCAGUAUCAAAACAAUUUACAAGCCCACAUGGUGUCUUUGGACAAUCUUAUAGAUUUUCACAGUUCCGCAUUAGAUGAUCUACGUGAUAAAUUUCUUUCCAAAAAACGUAUUUUAAUAGAUGCUUCACGUUUGGAACGCGAAGUGGCGGAACAAAAAUAUAACGAUGAUUUGUUAUACUUAAAACGAUUGCAGUUUUCAAAAAUAAAAUAUCACAAUAAAGAAACAGAAGAAAUGAAUGAAAAACAUAUUGAUAUACUCAAUGAAGCAAAACACGAUUGCAUAGAAGAUGUGCUGAUGCUAACUACAAAGAAAGAAGCCGAAUUAGAAGAAAUGUGGGAAAGGUUCAAAAAAACAUUAAAUGAUUAUUUAGAACAAACAAAAGAAAUUCGUGCCGAUUACGAAGAUUUAUCAAAAAAAGAAGUCGAGGAUACAAAUGCCAUACGAGAGAUAUCAGAAAAAAUUGAACAAGCAACGAAUCAAAUUGCAAAUCUGAAAGCCGAAUUUACAUCAUUUCGUGAAGAGCAUAAGCUAAGAAUAGACAAUCUACUUAAACAAAAAAUGGAUUUUUUGGAACACCAUAGUAAUAUAAAGAAAAAAAUGAUAGCUGGUAACGCCAAAGACAAAUCUCAAGCUUGCGUUUUGGUUACUUCAGCAAAUAAAGCAAUUAAGUAUCUCACGAAUAUAAAAAAGAAGGGCGAUCAGCUACUGUAUAUGUUCUCAUUAUGCAGUAAAUAUGAAACUGAAAAAGAAAAAUUAUUGCCCUGGGGACCAAAUAAUCGAAAUCUUAUUCUUAUUGAUGGAAGUGCUUCGACUUCUUCGGUAAAUGAUCAAGAUGAUGAAAAAGAGAAUAGGAAAAACAAAGAAUUUCAGAUUUUAACUAAAGAUCUGGAGUUAGACAAAAUGAACAGAUUUUGGUGCAGGGUCAAUCAAGCACAAAUCGACUGUAUGGAUUUAAACGCAGAAAAAAAGACAUUGACUCGUGAAAAUAUUCAGUUAAAGAAGGCUUUGAGAGCUUAUUUAACAGAACUAGCUUUAUCUCAAAAUAAUAAACAAGAAAAUUCAAGCCCAGAACAUUUUCAAGAGGAACCUUCAUUUAUCAGCUGCAAUUCCUACAGAUUAAAUAAACCAUUAACAGGUGUUGAAGCAGCUACUUGCAUUGCAGUGAGACAUGAAGCCCAAGAAAGAAAGAAAUUGGCCAGUGGCGUUAUAAAAGUUUGA